CUGAGACUCAUCUACAUGUAUGUAUGUAUGUGCUGCGAGUGGCUGAGAUGCUGUGGUGGAGGGGAGCCCAGACCCCGCACUGUCUGGUUGGGACACCCGGAAAAGAGGGACCAGAGGUACCCUCGAAAUGUCAUCAACAACCAGAAGUACAAUUUCUUCACCUUUCUUCCCGGGGUGCUGUUCAACCAGUUCAAGUACUUCUUCAACCUCUACUUCCUGCUUCUCGCCUGCUCCCAGUUCGUCCCAGAGAUGCGGCUUGGCGCCCUCUAUACCUACUGGGUCCCCCUGGGCUUCGUGCUGGCUGUCACCAUCAUCCGUGAGGCGGUGGAGGAGAUCCGAUGCUACGUGCGGGACAAGGAAGUCAACUCCCAGGUCUACAGCCGGCUCACAGCAAGAGGGACGGUGAAGGUGAAGAGUUCCAACAUCCAGGUGGGCGACCUCAUCAUCGUGGAGAAGAACCAGCGGGUCCCGGCCGACAUGAUCUUCCUGAGGACGUCAGAAAAAAACGGUUCUUGCUUCUUGCGGACGGACCAGCUGGACGGGGAGACAGACUGGAAGCUGCGGCUGCCCGUGGCCUGCACGCAGCGGCUCCCCACGGCCUCUGACCUUCUCCAGAUUCGCUCGUACGUGUAUGCGGAGGAGCCGAACAUCGACAUUCACAACUUCGUGGGAACUUUCACCAGGGAGGAUAGCGACCCUCCCAUCAGCGAGAGCCUGAGCGUGGAGAACACGCUGUGGGCCGGCACCGUGAUAGCGUCAGGGACUGUUGUGGGUGUUGUUCUUUACACCGGCAGAGAGCUCCGGAGCGUCAUGAAUACAUCCAACCCCCGAAGCAAGAUCGGCCUGUUUGACCUGGAAGUGAACUGCCUCACCAAGAUCCUGUUCGGAGCGCUGGUGGUGGUGUCGCUGGUCAUGGUUGCCCUGCAGCACUUCGCAGGUCGCUGGUACCUACAGAUCAUCCGCUUCCUCCUCUUGUUCUCCAACAUCAUUCCCAUCAGUCUGCGCGUGAACCUGGACAUGGGCAAGAUCGUGUACAGCUGGGUGAUUCGAAGAGAUUCAAAAAUCCCCGGGACUGUGGUUCGGUCCAGCACGAUUCCCGAGCAGCUGGGCAGGAUUUCUUACUUACUCACGGACAAGACAGGAACUCUGACCCAGAACGAGAUGGUUUUCAAACGGCUGCAUCUGGGCACGGUGGCCUACGGCCUUGACUCCAUGGAUGAAGUACAGAGCCACAUAUUUAGUAUUUACACCCAGCAGUCCCAGGAGCCUCCAGCUCAGAAGGGCCCCGUGGUCACCACCAAGGUCCGCCGGACCAUGAGCGGCCGCGUGCACGAAGCCGUGAAGGCCAUCGCGCUCUGCCACAACGUGAUCCCCGUGUACGAGUCCAAUGGCGUGGCCGACCAGGCCGAGGCCGAGAAGCAGUACGAGGACUCCUGCCGCGUGUACCAGGCGUCCAGCCCAGACGAGGUAGCUCUGGUCCAGUGGACGGAGAGCGUGGGCCUGACCCUGGUGGGCCGAGACCAGUCUUCUGUGCAGCUGAGGACCCCUGGUGACCAGAUCCUGAACUUCACCAUCCUGCAGAUCUUCCCUUUCACCUACGAAAGCAAACGCAUGGGCAUCAUUGUGCGGGAUGAGUCCACGGGAGAAAUCACGUUUUACAUGAAGGGGGCCGACGUGGUCAUGGCCGGCAUUGUGCAGUACAACGACUGGCUGGAGGAGGAGUGUGGCAACAUGGCGCGGGAAGGGCUGCGGGUGCUCGUGGUCGCCAAGAAGUCCCUUGCAGAGGAGCAGUACCAAGACUUCGAGGCCCGCUACGUCCAAGCCAAGCUGAGUGUGCACGACCGCUCCCUCAAAGUAGCCACGGUGAUCGAGAGCCUGGAGAUGGAGAUGGAGCUGCUGUGCCUGACGGGCGUGGAGGACCAGCUGCAGGCGGACGUGCGGCCCACGCUGGAGACGCUGCGGAACGCGGGCAUCAAGGUCUGGAUGCUGACGGGGGACAAGCUGGAGACGGCCACGUGCACUGCCAAGAAUGCGCAUCUGGUGACCAGAAACCAGGACAUCCACGUGUUCCGGCUGGUGACCAACCGCGGGGAGGCCCACCUCGAGCUGAAUGCCUUCCGUAGGAAGCACGACUGUGCCCUGGUCAUAUCUGGAGACUCCCUGGAGGUGUGCCUCAAAUACUACGAGUAUGAGUUCAUGGAGCUGGCCUGCCAGUGCCCGGCUGUGGUCUGCUGCCGUUGCGCCCCCACUCAGAAGGCCCAGAUUGUGCGCCUGCUCCAGGAACGCACAGGAAAGCUCACGUGCGCAGUAGGUGACGGAGGCAACGACGUCAGCAUGAUCCAGGAGUCUGACUGCGGCGUGGGCGUGGAAGGGAAGGAAGGAAAACAAGCGUCUCUGGCUGCAGACUUCUCCAUCACUCAGUUCAAGCAUCUCGGCCGGCUGCUCAUGGUGCACGGCCGGAACAGCUACAAGCGCUCCGCGGCCCUCAGCCAGUUUGUGAUCCACAGGAGCCUCUGCAUCAGCACCAUGCAGGCUGUCUUCUCUUCCGUGUUCUACUUUGCCUCUGUUCCUCUCUACCAAGGGUUCCUCAUCAUUGGGUACUCCACGAUUUACACCAUGUUCCCCGUGUUUUCUCUGGUCCUGGACAAAGACGUCAAGUCGGAAGUUGCCAUGUUGUAUCCCGAGCUCUAUAAGGACCUGCUCAAGGGGCGGCCGCUGUCCUACAAGACGUUCUUAAUCUGGGUUUUGAUUAGCAUCUAUCAAGGGAGCACCAUCAUGUACGGGGCGCUGCUGCUGUUCGAGUCGGAGUUCGUGCACAUCGUGGCCAUCUCCUUCACGUCGCUGAUCCUCACCGAGCUGCUCAUGGUGGCGCUGACCAUCCAGACCUGGCACUGGCUCAUGACGGUGGCCGAGCUGCUCAGCCUGGCCUGCUACAUCGCCUCCCUGGUGUUCCUGCACGAGUUCAUUGAUGUGUACUUCAUCGCCACUCUGUCGUUCCUCUGGAAAGUCUCUGUCAUCACCCUGGUCAGCUGUCUGCCCCUCUACGUCCUCAAGUACCUGCGAAGACGGUUCUCUCCGCCCAGCUACUCGAAGCUCACGUCGUAGGCUGCGCGCUGGGCCGAGGGGACCCUGGCGCUGCGCUCUCUCGGUGGGCAGAGUUCAAGUUCCAUUUGUAUUAACCGCCACCUGUGCAUUUUGCAGUAAUUGCUAACACGUGCGGUUCUGACACGGCGAGGCUGCGCCCCCCGGGAGUCCUCGCAGGGAAGACACGGGGCGGGCCCUGAGAGGGGCCCCGUGCACACGUCAGAGCCCCGCUUGUCACGUGGGAGUGACAAUGGCUGUCAAAACGGCGGCUCGCUUGACAGUCAUGUGGGUCCCUGUGCAAGCUUCCUUAUGACUUGAAUUUUGUUGUCCUGUGAUAAAACUUUCUGUCUAGUUGAAGGCA